CGCGCCGCGUCUUAUGCCGUUUGAGAAUAAUAAGCAUUUAUAAUGUGCUUCCACAUGGGGGUCCGAAAUUUUGAAGAAUGUAUCGGUUUUCCACCUGAACAGUUGCAGUCAACGUCUAUUGUCCUGUUCCACCUGGCCAAUUCGAUGUUUGCACGUGCUUAAUGACUUUCUCCUGAACAAUCUACUCUUGAAUGCCAGACCUCGCGGUUUCUUCCAAAACAUUGCCCAGACUGUAAAUCUUGCCUCGUGUGAUGCGGGCUUUAGUUUCCAUUCCUGUGUGAAUCGAUCUUUGUUGUAGCUGAUUUACACCAAGGAUUAUAAACAUAUAUAUAAUCCUUGGAUUUACACCAGUAGGUAAGUGGGAUUUAAAUGAUGUCGGCAAGUGUGCAAGUUGACAUAAAAUAUGAAGAGCAGAUAACUGCAUCCAUUGAUGAGAAGAUUAUAUUUAACAGUGAUAUCUCUGGAACCAUAAAGCAGGAAGUUAACGAGACUACGAUCAGUGCAGGUUAUUCUAAUUACACGUAUUUCCCUCCGGAAGAAAGUUUAAAAUGUGCUCAAUGCGAUUAUGAAACGUAUAACAAAUCCAGUUUGAGAACGCAUUUGUUACAGCACCAAGUUAUCAAAGGUUUACAAUGUGAUCAGUGUGGUUAUCAAACGAAGUGGAAAUCCAAUUUGAGAGCGCAUCUGGUAAUACACAAGUACACCAAAGACCUAAAAUGUGACCAGUGUGAUUUUGCAACAAAUUAUAAGACCAUUCUUAGAAAACAUCUUUUUAAACACAACAGUACUACAAUAGAUUUAAAAUGUGUCCAGUGUAAAUCCAGAUUUAAAUCAUGCAGACACCAGCCUAUCAAAGGUUUCAAAUGUAACCAGUGUGAUUUUGCAACCAAUUGGAAAUCGAGUUUGAACAAGCAUCUAAUAUCGCACAAAACCACCAAAGAUUUAAAGUGUGACCAGUGUAAUUUUGCAACAAACUAUAAAUUCAGAUUUAAAGCACAUCUGUUGACACACAAGACCACCACAAAAUAUUUAAAAUGUGACCUCUGCCAAUACAAAACUUAUGAUAAGUACAAAUUACGAACACAUCAGCUAACGCACAAGACCGACAAAGAUUUUAAGUGUACCCAAUGUGAUUUUGCAACUCAUUACAAACACAUUUAUAAUAAUCAUCUCUCACUUCACAAGAGCUCACAGCAAGAAUGCCCCGAGCACAAGACUAUCAAGAAUUUAAAAUGUGACCGGUGUGAUUUCGCAACCAAUUAUAAAUUGAGUUUGUUCAAACAUCAAUUAUCGCACACAACAACCAAAAAUUUAAAAUGUGCCCAAUGUAACUAUAAAACUAACGCCAAAGGCAAUAUGAGAACACAUCAGCUAACACACAAGACUGUUAAAGAGUUUAAGUGUUCCCAAUGCGAUUUUGCAAGCCAUUACAAAAGUUGUUUAAAGACACAUUUUAAGAAACAUAAAUAAAUUUUAUACUUAUAUCAGGUAAAGUAAUCAGUUUUGCUAGAUGGAUCCAACUAGACAAAAUUGGAUGGACCAAUCAUUUUGUGAGAAUCAUAUUGAACGUGUUGUAUUGAGAGUAACAUGUCUUGUACAUUAGAAAAAAUGACGGGUUAAUUUUUCUUAUUGAAAUAAUCAAUAAAAUCAUUUUUUGAGUCUACAUCAUUGAGUAACUUGUUCAUACUGUAUUGGAUGUAAUUUUAUUGGA